CAGGGGCUGGGCUUCCCCCGAGGCAGGUCCUGAGUCCCCUGCCUGAACCUCGAGAGUCUCUGAGGACGCAGUCCGCCGGAGCCAUGGCCCUGAGACUUCUCCUGGCCCUCGCCCUUUGGGCCGGCUGCUCGCUCUGCCGUGGGACAGAAGCUCCGGGCCAGCCCAGGGUGCGUUGCUGGGCUUCUAGGUACCCCAUCGCCGUGGAUUGCUCCUGGACGCUGCCACCUGCUGCAAACUCCACCACGCCCACGUCGUUCAUUGCCACGUACAGGCUCGGUGUGGCCGCCCACGGGGAGAGCUGGCCCUGCCUGCAGCCCGCGCCAGAGGCCACCAGCUGCACCGUCCCGGACAUCCAGAUGUUCUCCAUGGUGCCUUACGUGCUCAACGUCACGGCCGUCCACCCCUGGGGCGUCAGCAGCAGCUUUGUGCCCUUUGUCCCGGAGCACAUCAUCAAACCAGACCCUCCGAGAGGUGUGCGCCUGAGCCCCCUCCCAGGGCAGCGGCUGUGGGUGCAGUGGGAGCCUCCCCAGUCCUGGCCCCUCCCGGAGAUCUUCUCCCUCAAGUACCGAAUCCGCUACAAGCGUCACGGGUCCGCCCGCUUCCGCCAGGUGGGGCCCAUCGAAGCCACAUCCUUCACCCUCCGGGCUGUGAGGCCCAAAGCCAGGUACUGCAUCCAGGUGGCUGCUCAGGACCUCACCGACUAUGGGGACUUGAGUGACUGGAGUCUUCCCGCCACGGCCUCUGUGACCCCGGGCAAGUAGUGGGGUCUGCCCAGCUCCCCCCACCAAAGAGGGGGCUGGGUCCUUGACAUCCUCCCCCCACUGCUGCCACUCAAGGGUGGAUGGGACCCGACUGGCCUGGGUUUGCUGCUGCCGAGUUGCUGGGCGGCCUUGGACAAGUGACUUUGCCUCUCUGAGCCUCAGUUUCUCGAUGUGUGAAAUGGGGAUGUUCCCCUCCUUAGACUACAGUGCCAGCUUUGUGAACUGUGAAUGUGAGAUAUUUUUUAUUUCAUUAGAGAAGGAUCAUUGUCAUUGGGGUC